AUGUCCCUCCUCCGCCCCACCACGCGUCUCGCCUCGCGCUUCGUCGCUCCCUUCGCCCCGCGCGUCGCCCGCGCCUACUCGACCGCUCCCCCGCAAUACGAGCACCUGCAAGUAUCAACGCCCCAGCCCGGCGUAGGCCUGGUGACACUCAACCGGCCCAAGGCGCUCAAUGCGCUGUUCACGCCGCUCAUCACCGAGCUCAACGACGCGCUGGGCCGGCUGGACGCCGACCGCGACAUCGGCGCCAUGGUCAUCACGGGCUCGGAAAAGGCGUUUGCAGCUCGCGCGCUGGCACGCAGAAACGACGACAACAACAAGCACACCACCAUCCAUGCUGACGAGACACCUUUUCCCCCGCACACAGCCGGCGCCGACAUCAAAGAGAUGAAAGACCUGACGUUCGCAUCGGCAUACGGGACCGACUUCAUCGAGCGGUGGUCCGACCUAACAACACGGGUGAAGAAGCCGCUCAUCAGCGCCGUGAACGGGUACGCUUUAGGCGGGGGGUGCGAGCUAGCCAUGAUGGCCGACAUCCUGUACUGCAGCGCGGGGGCAACAUUCGGGCAGCCCGAGAUCAAACUCGGCGUGAUCCCCGGCGCGGGCGGGACGCAGCGGCUCACAGCGGCGCUGGGCAAGGCGCGCGCCAUGGAGCUGAUCCUCACCGGCGCGAACUUCAGCGGCACGCAGGCCGGCGAGUGGGGGCUCGCGGCGAGGGUGUUUGCUUCGCCGGCUGAGUGCCUCGACGGCGCUGUUAGUACCGCUGCGACCAUUGCCAAGUAUAGCCGUGUUGCGGUCAAGGCGGCCAAGGAGGCUGUCAAUAAGAGCCAGGACCUGGGCGUGCGUGAGGGCGUCGAGUUUGAGCGCCGCCUUUUCCAUGGCUUGUUUGGCUCCCGAGACCAGAAGAUUGGCAUGACGGCGUUUGCAGAGAAGAAGAAGCCCGAAUGGUCCAACGAGUAA